GGUUUUACGAAUGAAAGUUCAAAGGUCUUGCUAGCUCACGUCGUGUCGCACGUUAGGUCAGAAUUUCUCCCCAAAAAAUAUGGCCAGUGGUAGGCAAGCAGCAAAGAAAGCUUGUGAAAUAUUUGUUGCAAGACUACCAUGGACAGUAGGACCAUGUGAGCUUCGAAGUUAUUUUAGUGAGUUUGGUAAUGUGAAGCAGGUGAAUGUUCCAUUUGAUAUUAAAACUGGGUUUUCACGCGGGUUUGGCUUAGUACAAUUUGAAACAGUACAAGAAAUGAAGACUGCAGUGCAACAAGAAGUUCAUAUAGUAGAGGGAAGGAGGGUUCAAGUUCAACAAAGUGGAAUGCCAACAAAACCAGAAAGACUUCAAAUAAAUGGCAACUUCAUUGGUUGAAUCAGUAGAUCACUAGAGAGAUUUUGGAACCUUACAAAAACGAUAACGAAUACGCCAUUUUUAUUUGUGCUAUACAAGCUGAAUGUGUGAUCAUUGAUUCAUGCAAAAGGCGUGAUACAGCUACAUUGUGACAUAUGCUGCUGUAGGGGAAGGAUUGUCUAAAAAUGUGAUGUAUUCGUUUCGUUUCGUAAGCUUGCAAAAACUCCCUAUUGUUGUUUCGGAGACUGGUGCAAGAACAGUAGCUCCAAGAUGUGGCAAUAGAUGGUUAUUUUGAAUUGAAUAAUAAUACCAUAAUAAAAAAUGUUCAUAGCCUACACAUUUUGCAGAUUUUAUACUAAAGAUUUUAUUUGUUGAAAGUCCCAUAAAAGACUUUAAAAUUGAUACGGUACCACUUAAAUGAAAUGCAACACAAGAGCUGAUUGCACUAAGAUUAGCCAUGUAUAUUGUGUAAUGCAAUUUGAAUAUCACUCUUUUUAAUAUCAUUUAGUACUCUACCUGUGUAUGUAAAAAGAUGACAUGAAUUAAAAAUUGAGUGAGUUUA